GUGUUUUGUUUGGAUUAAUUUUAUUUUUCAUUGCAUUUAAGUAUAGCAUUCGUUUAAAUGAGUCGUGUUAUUUUCGUACACAUAAAACUGUUAAUGUGAUAUUUGAAAAUGCAAAGUGCGUCCGAUUUGAUAUCUUCGCUGCUAUGGCAGAAAACGAAUAAAUUCUUCUAUGAUGAGAAACAAUCGCCUGUAAUUGAGCAGUAUGUUGAGACUGUGGAAGAUUUUAGCUCACAAUACGGCAGUGAAAUAAGUGUGUCAUACACCGCGUUUAAUUUACGCGGCCCACCAUCUAAUUUCCCUGAUUAUGGAGACUAUCCGCAAGCUUUUGUAAUGAGGACCUACGGCACAUGGUGGGAUGAAGCACCGUCAGUUCAAAAAGAUUUUAUGCCUCAAAAUAGUAACAAUAUUCCAAGUCAGGACUUUGUAGAAGUUUCAUUUAAGAAAGCGGUCUAUCCUACCGAAGUGGCAGUAUUUGAGACAUACAAUCCUGGUGCCUUGGUCAGGAUAUGGGCACUCGGUCCCACCUCAUGGUCUUUGCUGUGGGAGGGAGAGCCAAAAUAUGCUGGUGAUACCCCUCGGAUAUUCAGCCCUAAAAUUAACUCCAUCAAUUUUCCUACAAGGAUAUUAAGACUAGAAUUCAACCAUAGGCUACUUCCAUAUUACACGGAGCUGGAUGCAAUAGUGUUGAAAGGUAGAGAGCCAACAGUGCAAGUCGAAAAAUGCUCUAUCCAAAGUCCAUAUAAGAAGAUCAAACUAGUGGUUGAAAAGGGAACACUUCUCAAUAAAGUACUUGCGUCAAAUCUACACGAAGACAUAUUAGACGCGAGCAAAGUCGACAAAAAUGGUAUCGCUCGUGCUGGACCACCGCUGGGUGAUUUCCAACGGUUACCAGACGAGACCAUACUCUCCGUGAUGAAAUACCUGGAUAUGCAAUCGUUGUGUCGGUGCGCUCAGGUGAACAGACAUUUCCGAAGGAUGGCGUCAGACGCGAUAUUAUACAGGAGUAUAGACCUGCGGCCGUACUGGCAUUGUGUUAGGUCACAGGUCCUCCUAACUCUCUCCAUGCGAUGUAAAUUCCUUCAGAAGUUGGACUUGUCGUGGUGCGGAAGUCACUGUAUGGUGCAGCCUUGCUUUGUCGUCGAUUUCCUAAAAAGUAGCGGGUCGGAGUUGACACAUCUGCGAAUGAACUGCUGCAAGUUUGUCGACAAUGCUGUGUUGCGGACGAUUGCAGAUGUCUGCACCAAUUUACAAGAACUGAGUCUCCGCUCCGUGGUCACGUGCAGCGAGUGGUCGUGCGUGUCGCGGCUGUCGUCCCUGCGGCGGCUCGACCUGUACCGCACGCACGUGACCACGUCGGCUGCGGUCGCCAUAGUGUGGGCCAACCCCCGGCUGCGCCACCUCAAUUUGGGCUCAUGUAAAAUGAUAUCCGCCAUGGACGAGGUAGCUAUGGCGCUAGGUGCGAACUGCCCCGACCUUGUAUCGGUGGACUUCUGGAAGAGCUACUCUUUGACCGCGACUGGCAUCAGAGCGCUGGGCAGCUGUAAGGAGUUGCAGGAGUUGGAUGUGGGAUGGUGUCUUCAAGCAGGCGGUUCCGGUGAAUGGUUAUCCGCUUUACCCGGCGGGCGUAUACGCAAACUGUUCGUGGGAGCAUUACGGGGUGUGUGCGACAGAGAUCUCCGAUCUCUCCUGCCUGCUCCACGACUUGCGCAGUUAGACCUGUUGGGAGUGCGAGCGGUGACACCAGAUAUAUGCAGCGAAAUAUUAGAAGAGUGUCGAGAACUACGUUUGUUGGACGUCAGUUUUUGCGACCAAAUACCAGAGGCGCAGGUGAAAGAAUGGCGACGUCAAUACCCACACGUCAGUAUCAAGAGGUCGUUCCAAUCUCCGAAUAUGAACAACGCGCCGAACUCCUUGUUUCAUGCACCGAGACUAGUCUAGGAACUUUGAAAGUCUAUUAUCUCGUAAUUUUUAUAUUUGGAUAUGAAUUGGUGAGCGA